CUCACCGCUGAGACAACAGGAGGCAUUUUACUCUGACGCCAGAUAUGUUUGAAGUCGGUUGGGAAGUGAACGUUAGAUGUGUUUGGCACUGGUCAAUUGGCAUGAAUUCUUCAAACGCACUUUAUCACGAUUCGGCUGGGGGCAGCUCAUCUCAACGCUGUGUUAAUCUCUACAGAGCCCGGGGCCCUGAAGUCUGUCCGUAUCGGUCUGCUGUGAAAAAUGUGCUAAAGCUCGAGUAUUAGGGCUCCUAGCUACGUGAACUCAGUCGGGGUGUGUGUAUGCAUAUCCAAAGAGGUGUGUGGGUGCCAGAAAAGCUGACCGGAAUGAGAACACGACAGGAGCCCAUGACCAAGACAUGUUUUAUUUUCACUGCCCAACUGGUCUGCUGUUCCAGGUGCCAGACGGUUCGAUGGCAAUCUGAAGGAGAAGGAGGAGGAGUAGUGCUCAAUUACAUGUUGGAAUGAGAGCAGAUUGACACUGUACACAACAAAACGGGUUAGUUUGAUUUCCUUGUAUUGAUAUCACAAUGCAGCUCUGAGUGAGAACGGCGUGUAAUUACAGCGUACGUCUGACCGCCGUACUUCCUAAAACAUGAUUCGCUGCCUGCAUGUCAUUUGGCUCUAAAGAAUUGUAAAUCAUAAUUAGCAUAAACAAUGAGCGGCCCACAGAACUUUUCAGAAUCACGUUAUCGGUAGCUCCGUCAUCAUCAGUGUUUUUUCACCUCGCAUCCGUUUUAACUGAAAUCACGACCAUUUUUAGAGCUAUGACGUGAGCGUCGUGGUGCAGUCCUCCCCACCGGCACGACUGGUUUGUUGGGGGGUUAACUACUCAAUGCUUUUGUUAGUUCCUAAGCCACCCACUCCCCCACCCUCUCCCCUCCAUCCUCCAAGCACUGCGUCAGUAGGGGACUGGAACGAGAGGUAUAUAAGGACCCUGCCACCUGAAGCUCUCAAAAACCAAGAUCUCUCCAGCUUUACUCUGCACCAGGAGCUGCAAGGACUUCGAAGUUCCUGCUUCGCUUCUCUUACCGACCUUUCUGCGCACUUCAACUUCAACUAUUUUGUCAGUAUGCAGCUUUUGUCCAGCCUAGUGUCUCUUUUGCUGGUGCUGUAUAGUGUCCGAGCAGCAGCUGUGCUUCCAGUGGAGGAGAGGAACCCAGCACAAAGUAGGGAGCUGAGCAAAGAGCGCAAGGAGCUGAUCCUGAAGCUGAUCUCUGGGCUGUUGGAUGGAGCAGACAACAGCGUGCUGGCUGGGGAGAUAGCGCCUGUCCCCUUGGAUGUGGAGGAGCCCCUGGAGUCCCGUCUGGAAGAACGGGCCGUCUACAACCGGUUAUCACAGCUGCCGCAGCGUGACCGCAAAGCCCCCUGCAAAAACUUCUUCUGGAAGACCUUCACAUCAUGUUAACGGCGCCAGUCCUGUAACGAUGCCGCGAUCCUACCUGAUACCUGACAUGAACUGUGUAGACCUCCACCGUACAUACCAUCUCCAGUGUCUGAAGAAAGGUCUCUGUGGACUUACUCUGACACAGUCUGUUUGUUAAAGACAUUGAUGAUGAUAUUUAUUUAUUUAUUUAUUUAUUGAUCGAUUAAGCUAUUUAUGGACCUUUGUUGUUUUUCAGCAUUAAAAAAAAGAAUAAAGCAUGGUUAAGAGAGUUGCUUUUUUGAUAAAAGAUGUCUCAUUUACUGUGGUCAAACAUCAAAUUAAUGUUAAACUGACUGAUGAAUAAAUAUAUAAUUGAUCACAGAACUAGAUGCUGUAAUAGUGCUAUAUUUAAACGUUUUCCCUGAAGAACAAAUCACAUAUAGGCUGUUUGUUACAAGCUCAUCUGAAUGGCAUAUUCACAAGCUGUUGUUGUUUGACUCUUAAUACACCAGAUU